AUGGUAUCAGUUCCAAAGAAAGAUGGAAGGGUAAGACUGUGUGUCGACUAUAGAGAUCUAAAUAUGGUAAGCCCAAAGGACGACUUCCCUUUACCACACAUCGACAUUUCGGUAGAUAACACAGCAAAUCAUGCGCUUCUCUCGUUUAUUGAUGGAUACGCAGGGUACAACAAGAUUCUCAUGGCCAAGCAAGAUAUGGAAAAAACUACGUUCCUAAUGCCAUGGGGCACUUAUUGUUACACGCUAAUACCAUUCGGGUUGAAAAACGCAGGCUUUUCCAUUCUCCAACUCGCUAGAUCUAGCUUAGUCAACCCAGCUUUCCUCUUUGCAAAAGAAAUAAAAUCAAAUCAAAUUGAAUUUCGUCAGUCCAAGCAAUUGAAGCGUUCCAUUGAAGCGCACUUGACGUUCUCCAUUGAAGCAGCUUCUGAAGUGACUAAGCUCUCCCUUGAAGAAACUGAGAGUGUGACUGCUGACCAUGGUGAGAGCAUUAGUCAUGUAACUUUUGGGCUAAGAACUAGAUCAGGAACCAAGCAAUUGAAGCUGGAUCCGAAUAUCUACUUUGCUUUGAUAAAGGAAAAGGUUUUGAUGGAGUGGAGAUCCAUGGAGCCCAUGGCUACCUCAUUGACCAAUUCCUAAAAGAUGGCUGUACAAAAUUUAAGCUUCAUCAAGACAGUAUACAACUCUACAAGAUUUUUCAAGUUCUUAGUCUACUAUAUGGAAUAUAAAACUUGUUUAAAUUUUCAUGUUG